GUGCGCAGGCGCGAGCGUUUGGGUCGGGACGCGCGCGGCGCUCGGUUGAAGCGGGAGUGAGUGAGUUCCUGGGCGUGCGUCCCGGCCGCGGGCGGUUGACUGAGCGGGUGACCCAGCGCCGCCUCUGCCGCCAUGGCAGCCCUGCGCUACGCCGGCCUGGACGACACGGACAGCGAGGACGAGCUGCCCCUGGGCUGGGAGCAGAGAACCACCAAGGACGGCUGGGUUUACUAUGCCAAUCACACUGAGGAGAAGACUCAAUGGGAACAUCCGAAAACUGGAAAAAGAAAACGAAUAGCAGGAGAUUUGCCGUAUGGAUGGGAACAAGAAACCGAUGAGAAUGGACAAGUGUAUUUUGUUGACCAUAUAAAUAAAAGAACUACAUAUUUGGACCCAAGAUUGGCAUUUACUGUGGAUGAUAACCCUACAAAGCCAACCAACAGGCAGAGAUACGAUGGUAGCACCACAGCCAUGGAAAUACUCCAGGGCCGGGACUUCACUGGCAAAGUGGUUGUAGUUACUGGAGCUAAUUCAGGAAUAGGGUUUGAAACCGCCAAGUCUUUUGCCCUCCAUGGUGCUCAUGUGAUCCUGGCCUGUAGGAAUAUGACCAGAGCCAAUGAAGCCAUGUCACGCAUUUUAGGAGAAUGGCAUAAAGCCAAGGUGGAAGCAAUGACCCUGGACCUCGCUCUGCUCCGCAGCGUGCAGCAUUUUGCUCAAGCGUUCAAGGCCAAGAAUGUGUCUCUGCAUGUGCUCGUGUGCAACGCGGCGGCUUUUGCUCUACCCUGGAGCCUCACAAAAGAUGGCCUGGAGACCACCUUCCAGGUGAAUCACCUGGGGCACUUCUACCUGGUCCAGCUCCUGCAGGAUGUCUUGUGCCGCUCAGCCCCAGCCCGGGUCGUUGUGGUCUCCUCGGAGUCCCAUAGAUUUACAGAUAUUAAUGAUUCCUUGGGAAAACUAGACUUCAGCCGCCUCUCUCCAUCUAAAAACGACUACUGGGCCAUGCUGGCUUACAACCGGUCCAAACUCUGCAACAUUCUCUUCUCCAACGAACUCCAUCGCCGCCUGUCCCCUCGAGGGGUCACGUCGAACGCAGUGCAUCCAGGAAACAUGAUGUACUCCUCCAUUCAUCGCAACUGGUGGGUGUACACGCUGCUGUUUACCUUGGCCAGGCCUUUCACCAAGUCCAUGCAACAAGGAGCUGCCACCACCGUCUACUGCGCCGCUGCUCCCGAGCUGGAGGGCCUGGGAGGCAUGUAUUUCAACAACUGCUGCCGAUGUCUGCCCUCCGCGGAGGCUCAGAGCGAGGAGACAGCCCGGGCCCUGUGGGCGCUCAGCGAGAGGCUGGUCCAAGAAGGACUCGGCAGCCAGGCCAGCUAAGUGGGAGCGCCAGCAAGGACCCGCACGCGCCCCGCUGCCAACGUGGGCCCUCCCAGCUCCUUACCCAAGGGCCUUCCCGCGUCCCUCCGACACCGAUCUGCCAGAGUAAAGAAAAUACGGGUCGUCACAACAGACUGGAAAAUGUUAGUUACCGAUGGGAGGCACGGAGUUCAUUCCAGGGGCAAAGGGACGAUGACUCUCUUCUGGGGCUGGCCUAGGCCUGGGUCCUUUGCUUUCCUGGUGGUGGCCUGUUUGAAAGUGAAUGCUUAGCUGAUAUGCAGGGUCCUCGUUUCACUGUAGAAGUCAGAGCAAGUCCGUCUGUUUAGAACAGUCCGGUGCCUCCUGUCCCACCCAGCCACCACCACAGCCACAGCCUCCAGUGGCCACACGGCGGCCGGGCGCUUUCUCCUGUCUGGGGAAGAAAAAGUGAGUGUUUAACCUUCUUUGCUGCUGCAUCGAUCCAGGAGAUCAUUGUUUCAUCCACUCUGACCAAGUCCAAGUGGGCUUGGCAACUCCUGGGGAAAGGCCUCUGAACCUUGUUCCCCUCAGCCAAGGUGGAGGUGACACUGUGACACUGAGAAACCGGUGGCAUAGACGGAGCUACGAGUCACAGAGGCAGCAGUCCUUUGACUCCCUUGCCAAAUGAUCCAAAAAUUCUUUUGAGAUUAUAGCAAAUGAA